AUGAGCUUGGUGACGUCCUUUUCCGACUACAUAUUUUUCACAUUCGUGUUUAGAAUAUGGCCUCCCACCGACUUCCGAUCUCCCGACACUAUUGCCUACGAUGUUGUGUCCAAAAUUCUCCUUGCAGAUACACCCAGGGAGCUCCGCAAACAAUUGCAGGAGGAACUAAGGGCUGUUGAUUACAGCAAGGCUAUGGCACAAGCUACUCUGCACUACCUGCAAGAUGCCAUCAAGGCCCGUACACAAAUGUCCCGCGCCGCCGCCAAUGCGCUGACAAAAGCGAAAGAUGCCGCUGUCGACAUUUCAGGAGAACAUCCUGUAUAUGUCACACUGGUUGCAUUGGGUGUGCUGGCAGUAUUCGCUCCAUGUGUACUGGAAGCCCUCGGGUUUGGCGGAUUGGGCCCGAUGAAAGGAUCGUUUGCGGCUGUCUGGCAUCGAACUUACGCUGCACAUGUAGCCAAGAGAACAUUGGCAAUUUACUUGCAUGAGAUGAGAAUGGCGGGUAAGAUGACCUGA